AUGGCGACACGCAGUGUUCCUAUGCUUUCGCUGGAGGCGGCGCAGGUCGCAUCCGCUGCAUCUCAAGAGAAAGCCAAAUCCCUCGGAAUAGACUUCAACAUUGCCCUCGUCGACGCAACCCUCCAUCUCGUUCACUUUGUACGCAUGCCCAAUGCCAAGUUGACUUCGAUCGAUAUCGCCAUCAACAAGGCGUUCACUGCCGCGGGUCACCGCAUGCCCACAGCACUAUAUACGACCGGAGACACGGGUAAAAACUUCGUGCCCGGUGGUGUCGCAUAUGGCAUUCACAACAGCAAUGGCGGAAGGUUCACACUCAUCGGCGGCGGCGUGCCGAUUGUGAUCGACGGGGUAGUCGUUGGUGCGAUUGGAGUGAGCACUGGGACACCAGCACAGGAUAGCGAGGUCGCGGUUGCAGGUGUCGAGGCCAUCAAGGCGUUCGUGCGUAGAAAGGGGGGCUCCAAGCUGUGA